AUGGCCAGUGGAUACCAGCUGUGGGCACCCUGGUCCCCAUUGGAUGAAUCUCUGCAAUGGCUGCGGGGGGCUGUGCCCAGACCCAGCAGCACUAAACACCCUUUCAGGGGAGGGCAAAGCCCAGCCACUGCCACUGAUUUGGAAGUGCAACUUUGCUUCCAGGGCCUGAGUCUGGUGCUGGAGUCUAGUGCUAAGACUGGGAUGAAGCAACCAUUAGCCUCCCAAUUGGCAGGAGAACCUAGGGCAUGCAAUAGAUCUGUGCACAAACCACAGGCAGUGAGGCUUAUAGGGCUUGACUCAGUCUUUGGGCAUCUAGUGACUGCACAGCCUCCCCACUGGACUGGCUCAUUGAGGGUUUCUGAGCGCUCAGCCUUCUGUCAAGUGAUAAGUCCCCAGCAACGCAGACCCCAUAGCCUCCAUGGACCACAAGUGCACAUGGCUAUGGCCAUGUGUCGACAAAUGCUGCGGGCCAUUCUCUUGCUUUAUGCUGCCUACAAAAAAUGUGCCUUUGCCUUACAACAUUCUCGCUAA